AUGUGGGAUGUGAACCCUUCCUGUGCUAGUCUUCUCGAAUCAGGUGAGGCGGCAAUCGGAGAAUGCAUUUUCAGUCAAGAUACGCUCGUUGAUCGAAUAUCCGGCCUAAGGAAAUUGCAACGGGCAGCAGCGGCUGAGGCUACACUCAAACUCUCUAAACCGAAUGAUACAACUAGCUCAAAACAAGAUCAGCAGAGGGAUUGUCGAGCUCAACGUAAGGGCAACAAUGAAGAUGGAGCAUCAGUGAGGCCCUUUGAUCCCACAGUCGUAAAAUUACUCCCUGUCGAGCGAUUUCCGGAAUACAAGUUGAAGAGCAAUUCAAGAAACGGAUGCACAAAUAUAAAAAGCAAUUAUGCUGAAAAUAUUCUUGACAACAAAUGUAAUGUUUACCUGGAACCUCAAAGACGCGACAAACUUUUACUUCAAAAAGUCGACAUAAUAGGAAUUCCUGUAACACUAAACGAUGAACGAUCUCGAGGUCAAGGGCUAGAAUCGAGAGAACAUCUACUCUCUAGAUCUAUAGCAUAUGGUACCAUAGAAACAACUGCAUCAGUAAUGAGAAAAUCUGAAGAACAAAAUCUGAAGAAAUUAACAACCAUAACCGAUAUUUCGACAACAAAAGGAAAGAGAAUAGACAAAAUGAAACGAGCAACAAGUUAUGUGAAUAACUCCCCAGUAUCAGAACCACUUGAAGGAAAAAGAUCCAACCGUAGGCGAUCAAAGUCAGCUUCCUUUGCUACUACUAUCAUUGAUAGUGUAAAUGGACUCCAAAGAAAAAAAUCAAAUCAGUUUAUCCCGCAAGCUCGUCUCAUGGGAAAUGUGGCUCAACCAUGUACUUCUAUGACUCCAGAGUUGGAUAUUAUAUCGCCCCGUCAUAAACAAGCAACCUACAUGGACCCAUACAUAAUAUUGAAACCCUUUUUGACUUCUCUAGAAUCGUCCUCUCACUCACAACAACUCGAAGUUGAGGAUAGGUCAACGAUUUCAGGAGUGCUAAACUUCUGGUUUCCAUGGAGUCGGCAUACCGACCUCCCUAAUAUAACUUCACAUAAUGCUGAGGGAGCUCUGAGGGAACUGUUGCGAUCCGCGAGCCAUGAGACAAAAGGUAAAGGUGUUUUACUUCAAACUUAG